AUGUGGCUGCAAGUUCGCGGUUUCCGAGAGGCUUCCUUCCGUCUGGGAUAUUCUCACAGCGCAAGCAGCUCCACUCUGUGGCCACCAGCCGAUUACCCCACGCUGAGGAUCGCCUGGGACCUAGAGGCUUGGCUCCAGCAAGCGCUGGUUGCGGAGCCGCUGACGCCAGCGCUCGCUCUUCGCCCAGCAGACCGAGCUGCCUGGCAAGUCAUCGACGACUGUGCUUUACUGAACGCUUACGGUUGGCUGUCACCGAGCUUCAUAGAACGCGCGAUCGCUGACCUGGAACGCUGGCUCUCAGCACUCGGGCGCGAAGUGCAAGAACCUCCGGGUACAGGACGUGGCCCGCACUUGCAGGUUGUACUCCUUGCACCGUCGUCUCACUAUAUUCACUGGGGAGCACAACUACAGCACUUUCGAAAACAGGAGCAUCAACAACGUCAAGCACUGGAAAAGGCAUGGAACCUGCUAAAGAUCGGAACCUCCACAGGAGACCAGGCAGCGCUGCGAGCAGGCAAGCGACGUAUGGCCGCUAUCCAGCGCCUGGUCUAUCCGCGCUCGGUUUGGUGGCAGUUACAGCAGGCCCUGUUGCAGCAUGAUUGGAAAGGGGCCCGACUUGACUUUUUGGACCCGGCCAUAGACCUGGAUGUGCCCGAGGUACCAACAUGGCUGGUCGCUGCAGACCUCUACGCUGCAGGUCUGGUGGAUGGGGUCUACGCUCCGCACCGAGAAGCGCUCGUUCUCGCCAAUGCCCCUUGGGCGCUGCUUUUACUCCGAAACCGCCAAAAACUUCUCGAAAACGAUCGAUUUGUAUCGUUGAUCGACAUUAUAGCAGGCUGGCCCCUGGACUUUGGACGCUAUGGUGCUUUAGCCUGUGCCAUCAGUGGACUGGAUCCUUUCUGUCGACCACAUUGGAGCAUGGCAAGGAGUGGUGCGUCGUCCAUGUCCUUUGAGGAGGCCAUGGCACGAGCUCAGUCCAUGUUGCUGAGCCAACCUGAUAACGAUUCCACCGCACAGGCAAACGAGCAUGUUGAAGAUGAGCGUACCGCGCUGAAGUGUGUCACUUUCGUGAUAUCGGGGUCAGCGUCCAUGUGGUCUCAUACAGCACCCAUGUCAGGCGAGCAUCCCCGACGGCAUGCUUUCGCUUUGGAAAGCGCUGCUCUGGAGUCGUCACCAGUGCCUGGCGAGAAAACCGUCAGCGCGAACGUGCCAGGCACCGUCACCGCCGAGUCGUACGCGACGCUGACUCCAGGUCAAGCGCCGGACGUUGCACCCGAGGCAUCCAGAGAUGCAGCCGAUACUUUUCCCACUCCAACGGCGGUGACGUCUUUCGGCGAGACAUUGACCGGGACGCGUCUGAACGAGUCAACCCCGACUCGAGCUGGGUGCGAGCGCUGGACGGCGGACCCCGUUGUCACGCCAACAAGUGCCGGAGACGCAUCCAACCAGGGCAAGCAACAGGCGACAUCAAACAAACUGGGCGCAAGCUCACCCGUGACUACUCGGUCGUCCGUGGCAGAGACAUCCCGCACGGACCCCGAACAGGAGGCACUGCGGUGGCAUCAGCAUAUAUGGCUCCCAGUGAUCGAUACACCCUAUCUCCGUCGCCUUUCUGAGCAGAUACUCGGCUGGCGCAGGGCCAACGACACCCAAGGCAGCCUUAGUCUGUGGUUUCAACAUCGUCGUUACACUUGGCAAGCGAGUCAGGGGCGUAGUUUGCGAGCAACGCUGUCGCAGUUGCCCCACUGGUUGCAGCGAGUUCUUGUCCGUGCUCGGUUGACGGAUAAGGUGCCACUUAUCCAAGGACUGGAGAAACUCGUCCUCCCAAAAGCUGAGUCGAGCUCGGAAGUAUCGACAGCGGUGCUGUUGUGGCCAUGGGCGCUCUUAUUGCUGUCACUUGCACUGGGCUGGUUUGCCACCGAUGCGGAUCACUGGCAUGAUCGAGUGGUUUGGUGGGUAUCCCCAGAUAGCGUUCUCGGGGGCGAAACGAACGCUUCGGCCUGGACCAAUUACUUGGUGAAGAACUGGCCCCCGUUUCUCGCGGAGCAGAUUGCAGCGAGUGAGAUCAUGAACUUGAUCCUGGGUGUUGAGCUACCCGGUCUGCAUCUGGCAUCCUGCCUGACCUUGGAAGUAUACGCUCAACUUCGAGUCGCGUUCACAGAAAGCUACCGCAGUAUUCGCUGCUAUCUGGACGAAGGCACGUGGCGAGCAUUGGAGGCACUGCUGUCAGAAACGCUGAAGCCUGUGCAGAAACAAGCGCCUACUUCGGAGCAUCACGCACAGCAUGCGUUGUAA